CUUAUUUUUUUGUUGUCAAAUGAACAUCCUCACUCCCUCUACUUCCCUCACUCUCGACAUAUUAUAUAUACGAAGAAUCCAUCUUUCAUCAACCCUUCCUGCUCUCCCACCCACUCCUAAGCCAACUGACCUCUUGCUCCGCCGUUACCCGCUUCCCAGCCAGCAGAAACAGAAGCCCAUCCACAGCAUCGCCCUACUUUCGCAACUGCUGCGAGCCUGCGACUGGCCUCGUCACCCUCUGUUUACGUCCGCCAGUUACCUCCCACACCCCCUAGAAAAUAAUAACCUAGUUAAUUUGCUGGUACAGAUGAACACAUCAAUGGCAUCGUCUUCGUCGUCUUCUCACUCUACACCCGCCUCUUCUUCUCGUUCGUGCAAAUAUGACGUAUUUCUUAGUUUUAGAGGAGAUGAUACCCGCAAGACAUUUGUUGAUCAUCUAUAUUCUGCUCUUACACAACACCUUAUCCGUGUUUACAAGGACGAUGAAACACUUCCACGAGGUGAAUCCAUCAAUCAAUCCCUCUUCGAGGCAAUUGAAGAAUCACAAAUUGCUUUGAUAGUAUUCUCCAAAAACUAUGCGGAUUCGUCAUGGUGUUUAGAAGAACUUGCACAUAUAAUGAAAUGUAAGCAUGAGAGAGAGCUAUUUGUUAUACCAAUAUUUUAUGAUGUGGAACCUACAGAAGUGAGAAAUCAGAUUGGGAAAUUUGGAGAAGCGUUUUCCAAACAAGAGACGAAGAAUGUCACCAAAGCUGAAAUAUGGAGAAAAGCACUUGUUGAUGUGAGUAGCAUCUCUGGAUGGGAGCUAAAGAACAUUGCCAACGGGCAUGAAUCACAAUUCAUCAAAAAAGUUGUCGAUACAAUUUUGGAUAGGCUCUUCGCGUUAAAUUCAUGUGUAGAUGAAUGUCUUGUUGGAAUGAGGACUCGCUUCCAAGAUUUGAAACCACUAUUAGACAUUGGAUCAGGUGGUGUGCGUAUGGUUGGGAUAUGGGGGGUUGGGGGCGGUGGUAAGACCACUCUUGCUAGUUCCGUUUAUAUGGAAAUGUCUCAACAUUUUCAAGGUCACUGUAUUUUGGAGAAUGUUAGAGAGGAUACAAGCAAGCAUGGCUUAAAGAAACUACAAGAGAAUAUUUUAUCAUCUCUUUUCAAGAAAGAAGUGAACGUAUAUAGUGUUAUCGAAGGAAAACACAAGAUGAAAGAAAUGUUAUGUCAUAGAAAAGUGUUGGUAGUUCUUGAUGAUGUCGAUGAACUUGGCCAACUAGAGGCGUUAGCUGGAAAACAUAAUUGGUUUGGUAGUGGAAGCAGAAUAAUAAUCACAACUAGAGAUGAACAUUUGCUAAGAACCCAUAGGGUAGACCACGUCUAUCCUAUCGCAUUAUUAUCGAAUGAUGAUGCUACUCAACUCUUUAAAAGGCAUGCAUAUAACGAAAAAGAGCCUAUAGAAGAUUAUGAUAAAUUUUCUCUACGUGCAAUAUCUUAUGCUUCUGGGCACCCCUUGUCACUUAAAGUUUUAGGUUCUUUUCUGUAUGACAAAAAUAAGAACGAGUGGAUUAGUGCCUUGGAAAAGCUAAAAGACAUCCCAAAUCCAAAUGUCAUGAACAUAAUCAAAACUAGUUAUGAUGGACUUGAAUCUUACGAGAAAGAGUUAUUCUUAGAUAUUGCAUGUUUCUUUAGACGGUGGAAGGCGGAUAAGGUAGUUCAGAUACUUGAAGCUUCUGGUUUUCACCCUAAGAUUGGGAUGAAGGUGUUAAUACAAAAAGCUCUUAUAACAAUUGUCGAUGACAUCAUUGAUAUGCAUGAUGUACUUGAAGAAAUGGGACACUACAUUGUCAGAGAGGAACAUCCGAACAACCCUGAAAAACAUAGUAGGCUCUGGAUAAAUAAAGAAAUUAAAGAAUUAUGUUUUAAGGAUGAAAGAAUGGAAUAUGACAAGACUGAAGCCAUAAUCUAUAAAUUUGGUGACAGCCAAGAUUGUGAUACGUCAUGGUUAUGUAAGAUUGUGUCAAAGAUGAAGAAACUAAGGUUGCUUAGUGUGAUUACCGAUGGUGAUCUCGAGAAUGUCGAAGGGGCUAAUUUUCUUUCAAAUGAAUUGCAAUAUAUUUACUGGUUUAAUUAUCCUGCUAGUCCAUUUCCACACAAUUUUCAACCAAUGAAGCUUGCUGUUCUAGAAUUGUAUGGCAGCAAGCAAAAAGAACUUUGGAAAGGUUAUAAGCAUCUACCACAGUUAGAAGUGCUUGAACUUAUUUACCUGCAAGAGCUAAUUAGCACACCAGAUUUUGAUGGACUCCCACGUCUUAAAAGGUUGAUUCUCGAUUGUUGUUAUAAGUUGGAAGAGAUUCACCCAUCAUUUAGAAAUCAUACAAGUCUUGAACACUUAGAGGUAUCAUAUUGUUCCAAGCUAAGGCUUCCAACGAUUAGUCAGAUGAAAAACAUAAAGGUUCUACAAAUAACGUCUUGUGAUCUAAAAGAUGGAGAUAUACCAUAUGGUAUUGGUGAAUUAUCCAACUUACAAGAGUUAGAUCUAUGUUCUAACAAUUUUUCACGGCUGGAUUUCAACUUCUCACAACUUACACGACUCAAAAGUCUAAACGUGUCAUGGUGUGACAAUCUUCUUGAAUUGCCCGAGCUCCCAUCAAGUUUAGCUAUUUUUGCAGCAGAUAAAUGCUGGUCACUUACACUUGUCAAAGAUUUUAGCACAAAAUGUAAACACUUAUGUCAAGUCUCACUUGCAGUUGAAGUUGGAUGGAGUGACAGAUUACUACAAUCCAUGCUUAAGGGAACAAGUAUUGAAAAUGGUUGUAUGUAUCUCCAACUUGGUGACCUUAAGAUUCCAAAGGGGUUUACACCUCUUUUGCGUAAAGGAGGUAGUUGUAGAUUGGAACUUCCAGAGAAUUGGUGUAAUGACUUCACUGGUUUCUUAAUGUGCGCUGUGACUUCAUAUCCCUUCAUCAUGGCUGGGUGUGAUAUAAGUAUGAAGCAGGAAAGUGGUAUGGAUUUCGAAGAUGAUGGGGUUUGGAAGGAGAGUGAUGGUGGUCAUUAUACUACAUUGGUGUGGUAUGUUUCGUUUGGUUCAUUAAGACACACUACUUGGUGGUAUCAAACACACAACGCGGUUUCUCUUAAAAUUGAAAGUCAUUUGCGUAUACACGGUCCAGAUCGCUAUGAUUAUGGUUUUGGAGUUAGACUCGUUGAGAAGAAAAGUAGAAGUGGUCAAACAGAAACAUCAACAGAUUCUUCUUCUCAUUAUACCCCUAAGAUCAAAAUUCAACAUGACUCAACAUCUGAACUAAAGGUGUCCUUACAUCCAUAUUGUACAGACUAGAUUUUUGGAAGCACAUGAGAAGACAGCAUGCCUCCAACAAUGGAUCCUGUAAAAAAAAAGCUCAUCGGAAGUGAUGCUUGAAUUGGCUUAUCUUUUUGGGAUGUACAAACGAUCGGGUGAUGCUUUUGUUGAUUUGCUUUUAGUUUGGAUUCAGUUAACUAAAUUGAUUGUUUUUUCUUUUUAAUGGCAAAUUUUAUUAUUUUACUACUU